ACGACGACGACGACGACGGCCAUCGUGCAUCGGUGCUCGCUCGCUUCCUUUCCCGGUGUUUGCGGGACGGAUCAGUGAUACAUAGAUCUCGCUCACGGCGUCUCUCCAGUACGUUAGACAAAAGGCGCGUCCUUCGCGAGUGUACUCUCCGCGGAUUCCCGCCAUACGGCUUUCCGAUCGUUUCAUCGAAUCGAAGCGCCCGAUCAAGUGUCGCUUCCGCCGUUCGUCCUCUCGCGGCUCAUGUGCCCGCGAGCCGCGGUGACGGAGCGCGCGCGAGACGAGAGGCAAUUGACGUUAUCGUCGUCGUUAUUUCGAGCGGCGAUUAUUUCUCAGACGAGCAGUGCGGCGGAGGCUCGUAUUUUGCACGGUCGGAAUCUAUCCUCGCUUCGCGUGGCAGAGUGAUCCGAGCGGAAGAAGCGAGAGAAUAGAGAGAGAAAGAGAGAGAGAGAGAGAGAGAGCGCGACGAUACGCGCGUUGUGUGGCGGAGGAAUAUACGGCGAGAGUCGUGGUAUUGUGGUUGAACGAGAAGAGGAGGAAAUAGAGCGAGGUGUGUACUCUGGGCCGACGAUACGUAAGAGCGCAAAAGAUACAUUUCUCGCGGUUAAAUAAACGAUAUAGAGCGCCCCCGGGUUAUAUUACACAUACCGAGAGAUCAAACGGUGGAUGUGAAGUGAUAAAGCUAUGGAACGACGCAGAGUGGACGACGACGAUCGCGGUCUCCGUCAUCAGCGUGCGAGCAGCGGCGGUUCGUUCGGGGGCAAGAUGAUGGGCAAGCGAACGCAGUGUUACCUGUGCGAUUUGCCCAGGAUGCCCUGGGCCAUGAUAAUGGACUUUUCGGAACCGGUGUGCCGCGGCUGCGUCAACUACGAGGGCGCCGACCGCAUCGACCUCGUGCUCGAGUCGGCCAAGCAGCUGAAGAAGGCGUACGGUUUCCAGGACGCCAGACCGUCCGCCUCAAAGACCUAUCGUACCGCAGCCGGUCACACAGAGCACAACGGCGGUACCAAUCUCGACGUUCUACCGAUUCAGAAUACCGGACAGACACACUCGCGUCACCACAACAUCGCCGGUUACUCGCAGCUGCACCAUCGCAACUCCAUCACCGAGUUCAACUCUGGCACGGCCGCGGCCGCGGCUGCCCAACAGCAGCAGCAACAGCAGCAGAUCAGCCGUCAACACGGCGGCGAGGAGCCUGGCCAUGAGAUGGCCAACGGCAUGAGGAGCAACAAUGUGCGUUUGCCCAACGCCCAUCUGGCCGCGGUGGCGCAUCACGUGAACCUCAGCCACAAUCGCGGCAUCACCCAGCUCAAGCGCGGCAUCUCGGCCAUCGACGAGGACGAGCAUACCGAGAAGAGGCUGUCAUUGGAGGAACAGCACCCGGUCAGGCCGCCAUUGACCCGCGGCGACUCCAUGCCGGCCGUAAGCCUCGCCGUCAGCUACAUCCCGGACAGAAACAAGGAGAAGCAUCCGGUGAGAGCGCCCAGUUUCGAGACGGCCACCACCUUCAAGGCCAACGGUGAGUUUCCCUGCUUCUGGGACACGCUCGCGCUCACUCGCGCAAUACAUGAUGGGGCAUAUGUUGGACCGUCCAUACCGUUGGCACCUGCCAACGUCGCGGCCAAUGGUGGAGGAUCGCCUCUUCGUCCGAGAACGAGUCCUCCACCACCGCCACCGCCGACGCAGGAAAGUGCCAACGAUAAUUCACAAUCGAAUCAUCAUCAGACCGCGGCGAACGGACCGUCACCGAUGGCCGCUCUAAUGUCAGUCGCUGAUAAUCUGACAUCACCGGAGCCCGUGCCACAGCCACCGAACAAUCCCAGCCCCACCAACAGAAGUCCACCGACGACAGCCGCGACCGCUCAGCAACGCAGUGCUUCUAGAGGCUCUCAGCACAGCCCGAAUAGUACAGACAGUUAUGGCUCCACAGGCAGACGGUCCAGUAGUUCAAGGCAAGUGUCCUCGACAACUGUGACGACAUCUUCCGAGGGUGCGGUUGCUCAAGCUGCCGGAGCUGAACCGGUCUCGGCACCGACUCUGAAAUGUACGCUAUGUCAGGAGCGUCUGGAGGACACGCAUUUUGUUCAAUGUCCCAGCGUGCCGCACCACAAAUUUUGCUUCCCGUGUAGUCGGGACAGCAUAAAGAGACAGGGUGCUGGUUCAGAGGUUUAUUGUCCGAGUGGUGAGAAAUGCCCGCUGGCGAACAGCCAAGUACCGUGGGCCUUCAUGCAGGGCGAGAUAGCCACCAUCUUGGGCGAGGACACCGCGGGUACCGGACUCAAGGUUAAGAAAGAGAGAGAAACUUAAAGAUCCUCUUUCAAUGUCUAUUCAGGGCUCAAAUUUUCUGUCCCUCUGUAUUCAGAGGGGCUGUUAUGGUUGGAACCAUGAAGGGUUUCGCUAAACGCUUUUGGUAACGGUGAUAAAUAGUCGUUGGCGAUAAGCAGAGGAAGCCAACGAACGACUCGAGCCAAAGACGUUGUCUGGUGCAGAUUCUCAUGAAGUUGUUAAUGUCAUCCAUAAGAGAUGGGUGGGAGGGAAGGGAGGGGGGAAAGUGGACGAUUCGGUUUUGUUUGAAGUCAGCUAACGAUGCGUUUUGAUGAUGUGAUCGAUACCGUACGGUAUUUAUCGAUUGGUUUUGAGAAGAAGUCUUUGGCAAAUUGUAUGCUGGCGAUCGGUUGUUCUGCUGCUCAUGUACAUACGGAUUUCGUAGAGAGCGGUUAAUUAACGAUGGAAGCAGCGCAUUAUUUUUCGUGGAUUUUCAAUGAGAAAAGCAGCACACGUGGUUGAAAUCGCGACGGUGGUGACAACGAUGAUGAUGAUUUGUUGCCCGGUUUGGGUUUGUACUUAUAGGCUCGAUAUGCCUUUCUUCAUUGUCUCUUGUAAUCGCGGACGUAAUCGCUCGCGUUUUUUCACACAAUACACGUACACUUACAUGCAUACAUAUGUACGCAUAUGUAUGUGCGUACACACACACACACACACACAUAAUACACGCACACACUUCGAGAUAAAAUCGUCGACUUGGUAUCGCGUAACGCGGUCCGCAUUGUAUUUUAUUUUUUUUCGCGCGUGUCCGUUUAGGAUGGUCGUGAUUUUAAUUAAUGACUAACGCGAAAGAUAGCAUCGCCUUCACGGCGAUCGCCGUCCUUUUUCUAUUUUUUGUUUGUAUACUCUUUCUACCCUAUACUUCGCUCGUUGUAUUAUAUAAAACAUAUGGCGAAUAUUCUCGGACCCAGCGCACGGGUUUUCUGUACAUUGUGUAUAUGUGUACAUACCUACAUUAUAUUAAUAAAGCGUAUAACUAAAAAAAAAUUUUUAACGAUUUUUAAGUGUACAAAAGUCUAUGUAUUCGUUUUUGCGUUCUGUGUCUUUUUAAAUUAUUAUUAUCCUGUUCUCUUUCGCGUCUCUUGUCACUUUUCUUUUCUUUGUUCUCGCGAAUAAAGUUGUACGCUGUCAUUUCUCCGAAAGACUUUUUUUGUGUAGAGACACGCGUUUUCCUUCUCUAUUUUCGGUUUCUUGCUCGCGAGAGCAUACGACGUUGCGUUUUAUUCGCGUUCUUUGUAAUCGCGCUCGUCCGGUCUUUCGGGGGGGAAAGAAAAAGAAAAAAAAGUAGAGAAGUCACGCGAGACACGUGAGCACGUCGCUAUCCAGUCACUCAUAAAAAGCGAAUUAUAUAAUAUAAUGUUCGACUAUGCAACGUCCACUUUCGCCUUUAGUUUAUGCGCUAGACCUUUAGUCGAGGGCAUUUUGGUUUUUCAUUUUCACCGAUGAAAAAGGCACGCCCGUCAAAAUAGGAACCACAUACUCGCUAUGUCUAAAAGAUAAAAAAAGUGAAAGGAGAAAAAGGCAGGCAGGCAGAGACACUCGCUGGACGCGCCCGAGUGGGAUCUUUUUGCGUGCGACGAUCGAACGAUUCUCUCGCGGAAAGAGGGACCCGUUCCCGGGCACGCGGGCGCGCGCGUAUAUCCUUUUGUAUAUAUUUGUACAAAAACAGAUCGGCACACAGUGAAAAGAGAGCGGUUGUCGGAAGUUGUCGCGGGGGAAAAAUAGAAAAUAAAAAAAAAAAAAGAGAGCACACACAUACACACACACAUACUGUCGCGCCUCGUUGUGUUACGGACGAAUUCCACCGAGAGUUCGAGAUACCGUUUUCUCGGCGACAGCACGCUCUCUCGAUUUAGCGACGACGAGUAACGAUAUUUCGGGGUGAUGUCUCGCGCGUUCGCGCGACACGACGAUCCUCUUAAAGCGCGUCCAGACUUGUAAUGUUAUCGUUAUAUCAUAUCAUUAUGUCAUAUUGCCGUAAAGUUAUCGAUGACAUUUAUUUGUCACGAUUCGUUGUAAUACGCAUAAUUAAAACCGAGAGGUAAAAAAAAAAAGGUAAAAAAAGUUACAUAUAUAGACACAAAUUCUGUCCUUUUACAUAUUAAACUAUAAACUAUAAAAAAAUUUCCUUACACGCGAUAUAUAUAUAACGUUACGAGUCUAAGAACGCUUUUAGCUUCCGCAAAAACUGCCGAUGUAGACGAGGGGAGUGUCUAUGCGAUACUUAUUACUUAUUACAACUUUCCGUCGAGUCCCAGUCGGAAAGACGGUUCCUCGAGAAGACGUCUUCGACUCGGCUAGGACUCGCGGUAACAGGAGUUACGCAUCUUUCUCCGCGCAGACACACUUCUGUUUUUCUCGCACGUGCGGCCGCGCGAGCCCCUUUUAACGUACUAAAUUUGUAACACGUUUAUAUACCAUAAACGAGAGAGCGUCUCUCAACACGAGAGGCUUGGUUGGUCGUCACAUAUUGUCAUCCCUUCGGGUACAAGUGUCACACGCUCUCGGUAUAUAUCCGUUGCAUCGUUUUUCCGGAUCUUUUUUCUAGAAUAAAAAUUCUGAGCAAGGAUCUUGUUGCAUUAUUGUUUCGUACUCGCUCGAUCUUCUUAGGAUCUCGUCCUCGUGACGGCACUUUUUUCUAUGAACUUUGCGAUACAAAUUGUUUACUGAUUACAGAUUGGGGUUUGCUUGAUGUAGUUUUCUCUGUCUGUCUCCGUUAUUAUUGUUGUUAUUUACUGUACUUUUAUUGUUAUUGUGUCGUCGAUCAAUCGGGAAUGAGAGGAAUUGGGAUGCACGAGAAGUAAACGUACAGCGAUAUUAUCCGCGAUAUUGUGCGGUAUUACAGGAUAGAAUAACGGAGGCUGCAAUGACAACUCGUUCGCUCACGCAUUUGUCCGAUUUCGUUGUCGACGACCAAGCCCAAACCGCAUUUCGGGUUUUCUUUUUCGCUACCCCCCCGAGAGGGACGCGCGACAGCUCUCCUCCGAUCGAGAGAGAAAGAAACGAGGAACUCUCACGUCUUUAUUGUAAUUCGUUCCGUUUGUCUCUCUUUUCGUCUCCUUUUCUUUCCUUUUUUUUUUUUUUUUUUUUUUUAAAUGACUCGUAUAGCUACGCAGAUACACGAAAAAUCGAAGAGAUAUGACGAAACAAUACGUCGAAUAGCAAUUGUAGUAGUGGAUAAUGAAAAUUUUCUAGUAUACCGUACCUCGAGGAACGUGUAACAUUGUACUGUUUAUCGUAUGUAUGCAACAAGCAAAAACAAAAUAUAUGUGUUGAUGUGACAGAA